UAAACUUCCGUUUUACUAGCGGAGUGUUUCCGGGGUUAGGAAAAUGGCGGCGCCCUGUGAAGACGUUUUAGUGUCGCCUGUUAAAUCUCCUGCUGUCACUCCUUUGAAGAUUCGGGAACUUAUAAACGAGGGAAUCGUGAGUGGGGAAAGAAGCGGUAACGGAAGAAAGGAAACUGCUGAAAUACCAGAAGAGAAUAAUGGAUUUGAAGAUCCACCAGGCAACAGCUCAUUUGAAAGUACCACUAAAGAUGCCUUCUUUAGCAGAGUGGAAUCAUUUUCCUCCUUAAAGUGGGCUGGUAAACCUCCUGAAUUAUGUCCUCUAAUUUGUGCCAAGUAUGGAUGGUGCAAUAUAGAAUGUGAUAUGUUAAAGUGUUCAAGUUGUAAUGCCUACCUCUGUGCCAGCCUCCAAUCAGUACUGGAUUUCAGCAAGUAUAAGCAACGUUGUGUGGAGCUGCAAGAAGCUUUGAGAAAAGCACAUGAGAAGUUCUGUUUUUGGCCAGACAGCCCAUGUCCAGAUAACUUCUGGGCUCUCCUGGUUACAGAGCCAUCCUCUAUAUUAAGUGAUUUUGUGGGACGUUUUCACAACCUUUGUCACCUAGAGAUGCAGCUGCCUUCACUAAAGCAUGAAGAUUUAAAAAGCAUGGACAUCACAGAAGAAACAGUGAGUCGUCUCUUAAGGCUGAUUGAAGAUGAGCUAAAACCUAAGGAAGGAAAGGAAGAUAAUUCUCGCAGCCUGGCUACUGACUCUCUGCAGAUUCAUAUCUCAGCCUGUAUUUUAGCACUAUGUGGGUGGAACACCAGCUUUUCCGCUGGAUCUUUGUGUAUCAUUAAUUGCCCUCGCUGCAUGAGAAAAGUUGGACUUUGGGCCUUUCAGCAGUUAGAAGCCGUAGAGCUGGACAACUCAUUAAGUGCCCCAGGCACACCUGUUUCUCCAGGUGAGGGGCAUGAAAGGAGCCCUUUUGGAAUUAUGUCCCCAAACAGGAGGGUUACACGUAGCCGUGAUACUGAGCAGAGCCCUGCUUUUGCUUAUGGUAGGAUGAGAAGCUCUGACCUCUUAAGUCCAGCAGAUUCAGAAGCUAUACGGAAUCGUCCUGUGACACGCAGCAUGGGACAAGGUGAAAACACUGGACUAGGCAAUGAGUUACACUCCAGCCCACAGCGUAGGGCCAAACGCCCUCGACUCUGCUCCAGCAGUAGCUCUGACACUUUUCCUAGGGGCUGCUUUGAUCCACUGUCUCAGCACAGGCGUUGGUGCCCUUGGGUUAAUGUGUGCAAGGCAAGUGGAACAAGCACAGUAGGAAUGGAAAUCCAAGAGGAAGCCAGCAGAAAGGCGUACGGCUGGAAGGAGGUGUUAAAAGUGCUACUGUCUGAGGAAGAGUCUGACCCUGAUAUCUCUAGUGUCCCAGAAAAAUCCCACAAGGUCUUCAGGAUCUUCCGCCAGUGGCAGAUGGCAGCUACUUCAUAAAAACCCACAGAUGCCCCUUUUAUUCCUAAAAAAGUGGGACCUGUUUGUCAUUCCAAACUGUGAAAAUGCUGAUCUGGACUGUAGUUUUUUUAUAGUAGAAUGGAGUUGUUGACACCAAUUUAUCUAUACAAUUCCUUCUCUAAUUUUACAUCAUUGAAAUUAGAUAUUAAAGGAAAACUAUACCCAGGGCCAGAACUAGGGGUAGGCAGAAGAGGCACGUGCCUAGGGCGCAAAGGCAGAGGGGCGCCAGGCACAUACCUCUUCUGACGCUUUCCCCUAGUUGGGACCGUUUUCUCCAGACUCCAGAAGCCGUUCACGCGAGUGCGCUCUCUUUGGUGCAUGCGCACUGGUGCUUCUCCAACGCUUGCGUUAUUCCGCGCAUGCGCACUGGUGCAGGUUCGACGUUCUUCUCUGCAUGCGCACUUCCUCCUUUACGCACGAUGGGGGCGACGUAGUGGGCCGGGUUGCCUAGGGCACCCGGUUGACUUGGCCCGGCACUGACUAUACCCCCCCGAACAAUGUAGGUCUCUAUAAAAAGAUAUUGCAUAAAAGAACUCGUAUGAAAAACCCUGCUUCAUGUAAA